AUGAAGCUCUCAAUUCUUAUUUCUAGUUCGCUUCUCUUCGGCGGCGUUCUUGCCGAUGUACACAACUUCUGCGCCUGUGGCAAGCGUCACGGUAGCAACUCUGUUCAAGACGCAUACUGGGACUUCGACACUGCUGCCUCGACUUUUGCAUGCACCCGAUACAGGAACCGCAAUACCGGCACUAAAAAAUGGGAUAGUUGCCCUGACUGCAAAAUGGACACGUACGCUAUGGAUGGGUGGUCUGGCACUCCUUCUUGCUUCUCCUUCGGCUUCCACAUGGGUGGUGAUGAGUUCGAUUACUACUGUGGCUUGAAGGGCUUGCAGGGAUACUGUAAGAACGCGGAGUAA